UUUCUGGCACAUUAUAUGCGACUUCCAAUGCUUAUUUUCAUGAGGUGUCUGAUGAGGAUUGUCUUUUAAAGGAAUGGUGUGCUAGUUUAGAUGCUAAUUUUAAGAAUAUGGCUAUGAAAAUGAAAGAAAAGUGUGAGAAAUAUUAGGGUGAUCCUAAAAAGCUGAAUGUAAUGUUGUUUAUCUCUGCUAUACUUGAUCCUCGUUACAAAUGGGAUUGUGUGGAGUAUGGGAUUUGUCAAAUGUAUGAGAGUGAUGUAGCAUUAAGUGUAUGCGGUAGAGUCAAGAAAGCCUUUAAGGAUAUGUAUGAUGAGUACAAGGGCUCACAAGUGACAACUAAUUCAACUAGUACUCAGAGUGGGGGUUCAACUUCUAGUGGAGUAGAUGGUGAGCCUAGUAUAGGAAAUAAGGGAAUAAUAAGGGCUAGAUACAAGAAACUUAAAGCUACAAAAGAUGAUGUGGAUGCCAAAUCAGAGCUAGAUAAGUAUUUAGAUGAUGAUACGGAGGAGGAUGUGGAUGAUUUUGAUAUUUUAAAGUGGUGGAAAACUCAUGGUGCAAGAUAUCCUACUCUUUCUCUUAUAGCUCGUGAUAUAUUAGCUAUACCUGUUUCUACGGUUGCAUCUGAAAGUGAUUUUAGCACCGGAGGUCGAGUAAUUAACUCCUAAAAUAGUAGAAGCUCUUGUUUGUGGUCAAGAUUGGCUUCGUGCAUCACCCCUUAAUGUUGAAGAGCCACCGGAGGAUAUUGAAAAAUUGGAAAGUGAUCUCUCCAAGAUUAGUUUAUCUCCACCCAUCAUUGA